CUAUACAUUAUAACCCCUACCCCAGAUUUGACGAAGCGUUCACUUACUUUACCCACCUCACCAACAACCUUGAUCAACUACUCGCCGUUUAUCUACAAGCAGUGUUUGCUAAACCAAUCAAAACUCAACAAGGGUUGUCUAUAUUGUCCAAGUUCCAAUCAGUGACCCAACGACCACGGUUGAAAGAUUUAUUCAGCGAAAAAUAUAGCGACGUUUUUGCCAUGUUUGCCAAGGAGCUUGAGUCUAUACAAGAGAUGUACGAGAAGAACAAGAACGACCCCAUAAUACCCAGGAUGCCCCUCCUGCUGCUGGGGCUAUAUAUUGGUCACGCCAGUUGUUAGCUCAUAUAGAGGAUCCAAUGAAGGCUUUCCACGAGAACAAGUCCCUACCCCAAGACAAGGGAUACCAUCGUACUGUCAAGUUAUACAACAGACUUGCCACGGCACUCGUCACGUACGAAGCGAUGUGGUUUCAACAGUGGUGUAAGGUGGUGGAUGGGGGGUUGUCGGGCCUCAGGAUCCCGAUUCUGAAGCAAGAGGAGGGUGAAUUGAUGGUGAACGUUGAUCAUCAGACUCUUCAUCUCAUCCAAGAGUCAAAGUGGAUGUUGAGGAUGAAGUUGGAGAUCCCCGAUGGUGCGAGGAAGGUCCUCUUCCAGGAGCGACAGUUCAAGUUGUAUAAGAACCAUCUGGAACAUUGUUUGAAUGAAUACAAGAACGUAUGCGGGUUGAUACCUCCUCCUUUCCUCACCCUGUUCAAACCUCACACUGAUUCAGUCGUCCAAUGCUUACAAGCUGGUCUCACAUCUAUUACAUGGGAUAGCAUGAAUAUUGAUGCUUUUCUACAUAAAGCAAGAUCCACAACCCAGAGGUUGAAGUCGAUCGUGGAGAAAGUAACGGAUGUAGUGGAACAAAAGAUCGAGAGGAAGAUCUUGGAUACGAGGGAUCUUGUGUUGUUUGAUGAGGAGGAGGUGCUUGGGAGGACAUGGGAGAAUGAAGAGUUGUUGAAGACAAUCCAACAAAACAUUGAAAGAAAGGGGCAAUUGUUACGAGACAAUGUGAUGUCAAUAGAGGGAUCCAUUCAUGACAUCAUAAUGAUAUUAUCAAGCAGUAGAAUCAACAGUGCUGAUCAUCAUCAAGGUGCCGUUCCACCCAACGUAGCAAAAACAUCAAAUUCGCGAAAAUUUCGUCGCAACGUUCGCGGUGGUAGUGGAUCAACAGCCACUGGAGGCAGCAAUGAGUCAUCUAACGCGACCUUUGAUCUUCAGCAAGAAGUUGUUGAAAGAAUAUUAAUGCACUUCAACAAGCGUACGUACGCGAGCGUGUUGACAUCUGUCCGUCAAUCGCUGAACAAACUAUCUGUUGCCAUGGGAGCCGAUGCCAACCAUUCAACAACCGCCAUCAACUAUUCUAGACCUGGAAGCUCGCAAUCAAGUUCAGACAUCGCACGAACCGAUUCUUCGCUGUCCUUCAUCUCUACUGCCUCCUGGUGGGAGGAUUGCAUCGUACACGAGCAAGAGGAAGGAACGCUCAAGUUUAAAGUCAAGAUCAAGUUCCGAAUCCCAGACAUCGUACUCGACCCUCCAUUGUCCUCGGUUCAACAAACAAUCGAUGAUAUUGUGGAGUCGAUAAUCAACGUAACACGAGGAAUAGGUUGGUGGGCGGGGCCGAACAAGAACGAAAAUUAUGAAUCCGAUAUUUUGAUGGACGAGAAUAUUUCAAACCAACGAGUCGCCCUAAAUUCGCUGACUAAGGGUUUGAAACCCCAUGUUAAACAAUACCUACUGAAACUUUCCCAAUACAACUUCUUAUGGCGCGAGGACAUGCAACGUUCGUACACAAAGUUUAUGGACAUGGAACCUGAGAUGUCGGCCAUAAGAAAGGAGGUUGAAUAUCUACUUGAGGUGGAGAAGAAGAUUUCCUCCAUACCAACCAGCCUAUCAUCGGGGUCGGUGAUAUUGUGCCCAACCCCUGUACGCGAUGCUUUGCAGGGGUUGGCUGCUGCAUGGAAGACACAGUAUGCUAUGGUUCUCCACGAGGAUGCAAAGAAGAAGUUGGACGGAGUCGUUCAAUAUCGGAACAAUGUCCAACACCGGCUAUCUGCUCCGGUCACGACACUUGACCAGUUGAACAGCACCCUUGGAUUAUUGGAUGAAGUCCAUGAUAUGGAAAACAAGAUAGAUGAUGUCUAUCUUCCAAUAGAAAUCAUGUAUGAUAAACUAAAGGAAUACGAUCUUAGAUUGGCGAGGGCUGAACUACAACAGGUUGCGAAGUUGCGUGAAAAGUGGGGCGAGUUGGUACAGUUCGCUGACGGUCUCGGCCACACAUUGGUGAAGGAACGACGAACUUCAUUUGAGCAAGAGCUUGAUAAACAACUGAAGACUUUCGUGGUUGAGGUGAUACAACUACGUAACGCGUUCGAUGCUCAAGGACCAGCGGUACCAGGUGUGCGGCCCGCUGAAGCUGUACAAAAGCUUAAUGACUUCCAGAACAGAUAUACAUUAUACGACGCUAAGCGAAAAACUUUGGACUCAGUUCAGCGAUUGUUUGGGAUUCCCCCUAAACCGUUCCCAGAGUUGGACAAAACUGGGGAGGAAUUAAAGUUACUGGGGAUGUUGUACGGAUUGUUCCAGAAGUUUAUUGCGUUUGAUCGGAAGUUUCGUGAGACUUUAUGGGAGGGAGUGGAUCUACAUGCAGCUAACACUGAGGUACAAACAUAUUGGGAUGAAUGCUUAAACCUUCCAUCGAAGCUUAAGGAGUGGACCGCUUACUCGGAGAUGAAGAAUUCAAUCCAUUGUUACCUCAGUGUGCUACCAUUGUUGCAUAGACUCGCUAAAAAGGGCAAAUUCAAGGACAUUAUGAUUCCUGAAAUACGGAACCGACAUUGGUUACAAGUGAUGUUUGUAACAAACAGCAAGUUUCAAUUGGAGGCAAACUUAUUUAAACUUGGUCAUUUACUGGAUAUUGGGCUUCUACAACACAAGGGGGAGAUAGAGGACAUAGCGAUUGCAGCGAGUAAGGAGUUGGAGUUGGAGGUGAAGAUGAGAGCUGUGGAAGAGGAGUGGACGGAACAAGUUCUCACGUUUGAUAAUUACAAGAGAAGAGGACCCGUGUUGUUGGUGAAGGAAGAUUCAGAGAGAUUGUUGGAGCAACUGGAAGAUGCACAAGCACUGCUAGCUAAUAUGCUUACUUCUAAACAUAUCGGUCCUCUACGUGAGGAAGCCGCAUCAUGGGCGGAGAAGUUGAAGGGGGUAGGUGAGGUGUUGGAUGUUUGGCUGGAAACACAGGAUCUGUGGCAAGAUCUUGAAGCCGUGUUCUCCGAUCAUGUGACUGCUAAGGAGUUGCCGCAGGAAGCGAAAAGAUUCUCGAUGGUUGAUAAAAGUUAUGUGAAGUUGGUGAGACGAGCGUUUGAUACAAGGAAUAUAUUGCAGUGUUGUUACGGAGGGGAAGUCCCAAAAGGAGUCGUCCUCCGCCACAUGCAAGAAGAAUUAGAGAUAUGUUUCAAAUGUUUGACGCAAUAUCUUGACAAGAAACGAUCAGUUUGCCCAAGGUUUUAUUACCUCACCGAUAUCGCAUUGUUGGCCUUACUGUCGAGGCCCAAUGAACUGGAUUCUAUUCGACCGCAUCUAAGAUCAAUAUUCGGCAGUAUAUCCGACAUCCACGUAGAGAAAGCAACCGCGUGGUCUGAUACCGUUAGUUCAUUAAAGUCGAACCAGAACACCCCGACCCCCGUUCCACCUGAGCGCAGAUAUUCCAUCGUGGAUGACACGCAUCAUCGAUCGUCUGUCAGGUUCAAUAAAUCGGGUAUGAAGUCAUGUGACAGCCCCCACUUCUCAGCAAGCAUAGCCGACGAGGUGAAUGAGGUUUACCAAGCCACUGCUGUUGUUACUUCAGAUAAAGAGAUGUUGUUGCUAGACGAUGAGGUAAGCUUAUACGAAGGAGUUGAACUGUGGUUACAAAACUUACAAGAAUCGAUCGAGCGUUCGUUAUAUUCAACGGUGUGUCGCGCUGUACAAGAUGUGGUUGCAAAUGUGGCUGUGGAGGAACUUGCAUUGAGGUACCCCGGGCAAGUAGCGAGGCUUGCUUUAUUAUUGCUAUGGACGAGGGAAUGCGAGACGGCCAUCAACGAACUGAAGUUUGAUCGGAAAUCCUUUGUAAAUGGGAGUAAGAAGUUUGCAACCAUCUGUGCUAGGUUCCCUGUUGUAUUGAACCGUGGUUCAUGGAAAGGCACGGACGAGGUGAUGCAGCCCAUCCACCGGGUGAGGCUAGAGAGCAUGAUAAUGUACGGGGUUCAUCUACGGGAUGUUAUGGAGGGAAUGGCUGGGAGGAAACUAAGAGAGAUAGGUACUGUGUAUUAGGUGUACUUUGGGUGGUGCUACUGUGGAUUGGGUGUACUUUGGGUGGGGCUACUGUGGAUUGGGUGUACUUUGGGUGGUGCUACUGUGGAUUGGGUGUACUUUGGGUGGGGCUACUGUGGAUUGGGUGUACUUUGGGUGGGGCUACUGUGGAUUGGGUGUACUUUGGGUGG